UCACUGAAACAAAUAAUACGGAAAGAUGGGGGCAAUAGCAAUACUGUGUCCCCAUAUGUCAAAACCCGUAUGUCAUCCGCAUGAUGUAAAAUUAAAAAAUGGAAAUGGGGAAAAUCCUUUAUAACACGGUUAGAUGGUAGUUUUGCGUUCAGUUGUCACGCUCAGUUGUCGCAGUUGGACAGAGAUCAACUUAUUCCUGUUACAGUGAUCAUGUAUCGAGAGCUUAUAAUGAUAAAAGGACUGUUUUUAACGUGGCUACUGCUGGCGUCUGCCUUAUCAGAUCCCAGCCCGGAACCGUUUAAUCCGAAUUAUAAUAGGUUUCGACAAAAGAUUCCUCGAAUCGGCCGACGAGGUGAAGGAAUCAUCGCUGAAUACAUGAAUUCAGAAUCUUUUCCUCACGAAGGAAGUCUCUCUAAUUUUUUUCUGAAGGCAUCAAAGGCGGUUCCUCGUUUGGGUAGGCGCAAGGAUAUUUCCACGGAGUCUGGUCGGGCGGCAAUGGUUGGGGAGGAACCUUUUGGCCGUAUAUCCAAUGAAAUUCCCAUUAUGAAUCAGAAGCAAGAUUUGUGGCCUAAUAUGAAUAUUAAUGAACUAACAGGCGCAUUAAAUAAAGAAUUGAAUUAUCCGGGACCGCGGAUACCCAAAGACCUCCAAGACAAUUACAUCCAAGAUUUGAUUCAUAGCUGGAUCAAUCAAUAUGAAAAUCUCAACGAAAAUUAAAGGACCCAUGACGUUAAUGUUUUUCUUUUGUUUUUUUUUUUUUUUUCCGGGAGGGAAGAGGGUUGGAAUAUACUGUAGUCCAAUCAA